UCGAAGUAUCUUCGUCACUUCAAUAGAACGGCAUGGCGGAAAUGCAGAGUCUUCCUCCGGAGAUAGUCUUCCAUAUCACUCGUUUUCUCGAGCCAAGGGACAUUGUAACUCUCCAGCAUGUAAGCAAGCGGUUCCUCGAACUCGGCAGAGAUGAUGCUCUGUGGCGGGAACAAUGCUUUAAUGCCUCAUCAUUCCUCACGAAUCUGCGGCGUCGACAGCAACUUAUUACUUCCGAAUCAACUCAAGAACUUCGAUUCCGAGACCUAGCCCGGGCGUUGGCAAAUGGCAACGGACUGGGGGACUCCCGGCUUAUCAAGCCUCGGGAGGAGGCUCGAGAUCUGAAGGCUAGAUCCAACGAGAAGAUCCGUGUAAUGGCCAACUGGGACCCCAGUUACCCGGGCGAGAAGGUACAGUGGUACGAUGAGUAUAUCGCCAGGAAUGCACCGAUUUCUACAAGUUGGCUACAACAACCGCGAAACAGGGAAAGUCCGGAGCACGAAUACUUGGAAGUUAGGGGAAUGGGACUCUAUACACCUGCUGGGGAGGAUGAUGCAACUUUGGUGGUUGGCCCAUUGGAUGAUGGGAGUGUCUGUAUUUGGGACAUAAGCGGUACCAAGGGCCGGAAAGGAAGUAUCAUCGCUCGAAGCAAGUCAGGGUUGAUAUCUGCGGAUGGAUCUCAGAUUGGGACUGGCAAACGCUCGAAGUUGAUUAGUGACGGGAUCACUGAGUGUGUGAGUGUGGACAGCGGGAGGAAGCGGGCAUUCUUUGCGGUCCAAAGCGGUCUUGUGGAGUUCGAUCUUGAGACUCUCUCGACCAUUAGUCACGAGGAAUUUUCGUUCUCAAUUACCGCUUUAUCUGAGGCUAAGCACCCAGUACCACUUACCGUCGGUACUGAUCUGUCUCUCUAUCUGCAUGACCCUCGGGCACGAAGAAAUACAGGGCAGGCGGGCCGCAGCGAUUUUGAGCGUCUCGAUUCCUAUGAAUCUAGCUUCGGUUCUCUACGAAGCCAGGGCUUAGGGGAUUCCCGGAGACUCUUGAAUCCGGAGCCGAGUCCUCUUUAUGCUCACCCUCAUCACCCAGGCCCGUUGAGCAUCUUACAUCUGCCUAGCUCCGGCAAUGAGUGGGAUGGAAACGGCGAAAUCUACGUUGCAGGUCGCUUCCCUAGCAUCCUCAACUAUGACCGCAGAUACUUCCCCAGGUUGAGGGGCACAAUCCACUCCGGGGCCCGAUUAUGCAGUAUGGCCUCCCUUCCAUAUCCGUUCGCAUCUAUGGAGAAAGAUCUCGCAAGGCGUGGUGAGCUUUCGAUCGAGCAGGUAUGGGAGGCGAAGACUCGCCCAGGCAAAACCCUGAUUGCUUGCGGCGAGUAUAAUACCAAAGGGUCUCUUGAAAUGUAUGGACUUAGCCCAGAGCCUUACCUUUCAACUAUAUCGUCCGAUUCAUCUGCGGGCAGCCUGCAGAAUUCCGUCAUGAGGAACAGGCAGACAUCAUCCAGUUCGAAGUUACUAUCGGUAGCCAACCAUGGCACUCGAAUCGUCGUCUCGGAUGGAGGCGGAAACCUCAAAUGGCUCGAACGAGACGGGUUCACGGAAGCACGACGAUGGAACAUCGCCCAUGGCUCAGUUGAGGCACCACGAGGGAUCUUCGGAACCCUGGGUGAUUCCUACAUGGAUCCGGGCUCUGGAGACAUCGUAAUCAAGAUAGCUAACACAACCAACGGGCGAAGUGGGCAGGUUGUGAACGAGGAUCUCGUCUUAUGGACAGGCGACAAGAUAGGGCUGCUGAGUUUCUCGAGCAAGCCGGGGUUCUCGGCUGAAAGCUUCGAGGAGACUGGGAACAAGACUCCAGAGCAGAUCCGCACGGAGCGGGAGGAGCGCACUUAUGCGGAGACGAUGGGAAGGGCCCUGGAAGCCAAUGCAAACGAAGUUCGAUGGAUGAGGGGCUUGGGGUUGGGAAUGUCUUGAGGAUGGUAUACAUUGUGCCUUUGCUUUUCCGUGUUGCGUUAUUAGAAUAAAACAGGAUAGAGUAGAUCUCACAGCCAGCUGAAGGUUUGCCAGCAGUUCUUGUUUUCUCAACUUUUGAAGGGUCAGACGAUGUUGCCGGCGGACUCGAGCAUCUCCACAUCGUCGUUUGUCAUACGUGUCCCUUGUUCCAGGCUGGUGCUUGUCAAACGGUAUCUUUGGUAUCUCUGGUAUCCAGACAAUUAAUUCUCGUUCGUCGCCUGCUUUUCGGGGGCGGAUAUGCCGAAUCUGUCGAUCUUGUACACGAGGCUGUCUCCGUGGCGAAUGAGGGCCUUGUACCCUGAAGUAUCCUUCCGGGCAAGGUACACUGCCCUGGAGGGGGGAGGGUUCUUAUAGAAAUCUGACUCCAAGUGACCGCUGGCCAUCAGUAAUCACUAGCACAAUCAAUGCCGUCCAG